GCACCCAUCCUUCCCUUCCCUCCUCACACCAGCCCUCCGGGAGAGCCGGUGCCAGACUCAGAGCUCACUGCUCUGGCUGAGUCAUGGCGCCCCAGGCUCUGCUGCCCACCCUGCUCCUCUGCCUGCUGCUGCUGCUGCAGGCCCAGGGAGGGCCGCAUCGUCGGAAGAGGAUACAGAAUCCACAGCUGUCCACGGAGAUCAAGGAGUGUGAGAAGAGGAUCCAGGUGCAUUUGUGCAGACACCCCUGUAAACAUCACAGGGAAUGUCAAGCGAAUAACGUGUGCUGUUUGAGCUUCUGCGGGAGCGUCUGCAUGAACGUGCUCUGAGCGGGAGGGGGGCUGGGCUGCGCACGCUGCACCCCCAGCCUGCCGCUGAAGACUGGACCAAAGAGAGCAAGGACCUCAGGUCCCAGGCACAGGGCUGCCAGCAGCAGUGCCAUUCUCAUCCCUGUAUGGACGCCUCGUUCCUGUCCAAUAAACCAGAACAAAUGCCCGGGCACCU